CACGUCAAUUCUCCAAACCACAUUCAUUUCUCUACCUCACAAAAUAAAAAGAAUAUCAUAUCUUUUUGGUGAGAACAAGUGAAAGAGGGAAAAUAAUAGCCACUAUAAAUAUAUCAUCAAAACCAUGAACCAUACAACUCCAUCGUUUUUCUCUCCCUCAAAUCACAUAAUAAACAUCCAUCUCCUCCCAUCAUCAUCCUGAAAACAUUACAGACGAGAGAGGAUGGUGGAACCAUGUGAACUGUGUGGUGCAGAAGCCGAUCUCCACUGCGCCGCGGACUCCGCUUUUCUCUGCCGCUCCUGCGACGCUAAGUUCCACGCCUCUAAUAUCUUGUUUUCCCGCCAUGUCCGCCGCAUCAUCUGCCCUCACUGCAAAUCCCUAACCGGAGAUAUCGUCUCUGGUUCUCCUUCCCCUUGGCCUCUGACAACAACCUGCUGCUGUGGAUCGGUUUCCUCUUCCGAAUCUUCUUGUUGCUCGUCUCUAGAUCGUGUCUCAAGCUCCGAGCAAUCGUCGACCACGAGGAAGACGAAGAAGACACCGCGUGUCGUCGUGAACAAAUCGCGUGGGAGGGAAAAGAGAGUGAAGGCCGUAGCUGAUGGCGUUUUUGUAAAAUGGUGCGAUGAGUUAGGACUAAACGGAGAUUCGAGAAACGCUGUCGUUUCGUUGGCGUCUCUCGUUUUGGCUGUGGAGAGGCCGACGAAGGUGAGUUUAGCGGCGGCGUUUUGGUUCGGCGUUAGGAACUCGACGAAGACGAGGACGUGGCCGAGUCUAAAGAAGGUGGAGGAUGUGACUGGUGUCGCAGCUGGAAUGAUUCGAGCCGUGGAAAGAAAGCUGGCGGGUGCAGCGACGUUGCAGCUUAGACGGUGGCGCGUGGACUCGGAGGAAGGAUGGGCUGAAAACGACAACGUUUGAAUGAUAUGUGACGUGUUGAUUUUUCGUUCCAAACGUUUAAAAUGGUUUUGAACCGCGUAAGAUGAUAGAAAAUUCUUUAGUAGUGUGGAGGAUCUGGAGACUAAAAUUCCAAAUUGUUCUUCAAGUUCCCUUACUGUAUUUUUAGUCCCUAUAUUCAAGCAAGUUAAGAAAAAAUAAAAACAUAAGACAUUUGAUCGAAAUUUGGCAAUUCUUUGUAACAAUAGUUUUUAAGCAAAAAGAAACAUUCAGAUUCAUAGUUU